UGAAUAAUCUCAUGAUCCCUUGGAGCCUAGGUGGCGGUCCAUAAAGAAAAAUAACAGGCAAUCGCUGGAAUACCCAGGUGUCUCAAUCCACCCAGAUGUGUAUUAAAGUUGCCAUCUUAAGUCGAACCAAUAAUUAACAUUCUCACAUCUGUCAUGGAUACACUCAAACCCAAUCCACGUCUACAAGCAUAGCAUGGCAUAAACAAACGUAAAAAUAACUCCCGGGGUUUGAUAAUAAAACAGAUAAUAGGUACUACCUCGUCUACUUCCCAAAACCCACAUAUUAAUCAGAUCCUAUUCAUGUAAUGGCUUGAGGGUUGAUCUAAUGCAAUAAAAUUGGAUAGUAAAAGGUAUGAUCAAAGUGUUACUUGUGUAACGCCCCGAUAAUCAAGCUACAAUAACCUCAUCCUAAUGUGCCAUGUCAUCUAGUUUUAUUAAGCCAAUUUGCCACUUGAUGAAAAUGAAGUCAAAUUCAAAUUUUAAUUUGCAAGUGAAAUUAUUUUUCUUCUAACGGUAAAAUAAAAAUGUCCGUUGGGUUGCAAAUAUUCACUAAGGAAUAUUCAUUUAGAAACCAACAUCCAUUUGCCUCACAGAUAAAUUCCUAGGAAGUUAAUAAUGGUCCAACAACAAUUAUUUUAGACUCUUUAAAAUAAGAAAAUAUCUAUGCUUUUCUGAAUGAUGUAAAACCUUGUGUGUGGUCUUAGUUUAUUUCAUAGCAAUUAUGUGCCAAGUUACAUAUAUAGCAAAGUUUAUUUAGUGGACAAACUAAUUGAAAUCAAUAGCAAAAUUGAAAACUGAUUGAGAAGGACUAUUGGUACUGGGCCCUAGUGCAUUAGUGAAUUAGGCACAGACCACACCCCCACUCAUCCCCAACCUCCUGCUAUAGGGAGGCAGGGGAUCGUGGCCGACAUCCGACCGGCCAUGGCUGCGCCAUGGCGCUAGCCGGCCAUCCCCCGGUCCCGUUGGAGUAUAAGGCCAAGCCCCCAACAUCCCCGACGAACCCUAGCUCAAUUCGUCCUCUCCCUCGCGCCGCUCUCUUCUUCCCAACGCGAACACGACGCCGUCAUGGCCAUGGCCGCCAUCGCCCUCGCGCCCACUGAGCUCCCUGAUGCCUAGGAGUUUGUCCUUCUGCUUCGUCUACGUCUCCUACUUCGCCUACAAGGAGCAAAUCGACUGGAGCCGCACCAGCACGAGCAGAUCGACCUUGACUUCGUCUUCGGCCACCAGAGCUCCGUCGUGUCGAUCCACGCCACUGCAGCUCCUAACCUCUCGACGGGCUUCCUUGUGCCUUCACGACACCGAGACCGACGCCGCUGCUACCCAGUACGACUACGGUGUUGACGACCCCUCUCUCUUGCCAGAGCAACCAGACAUUGGAGCCCAGGUGCCAGAUGCCACUAUCGAUGACGACUACUACUACUCGGGAGGUGCCUACUACUACGUGCAGCCCGCUGACGGCGACCAGGAGUAGUUUAGGAGGAUCCCAGGCAGGAGGCCUGCACCUCUUUCGAUCUGUAUUCCAGUUUGUGCUAGCCUUCUUAAGGCAAACUUGUUUAACUUAUGUCUGUUCUCAGAUAUUGUUGCUUCCGCUGACUCGUCUAUGAUCGAGCUCUUGUAUUCGAGCCUUCGAGACCCCUGGCUUGUAAUAUGAU